UUCGAGUCUUGUUUACCUUUUCAAACAUCCUAUGCUAAUAAAAAGAAUAGAAUUUGAUUGUUCCAAGUUCUAGCUAUGGAAAUUUUAAAAGAUAUGUGCAGAGUAUGCUUAAAAACAGACGUUGGAAGCAAUUCAUUCCUAGACGAAGUCGAAUAUGAUUCUUAUAUAAAAUUAAGCCACAUUUUCUUAAAAGUGACAAAUGUUGAGGUGAAUGAGAAUGAUGAAAUUAAGCCAUCGCGUUUAUGUGAACAGUGUACUACACGUCUAUUAGGGGCUUACGAAUUGAUAUGUGCCGUUGAAAAAGCUGAAGUGGAAAUCGAUUUACUUUUACAACAAGAACAAGUGCAUUGUGAAGAUACAGAUUUGCCAGAAAACAACAAUUAUGUUCUUGGUGAUGAUGGUGAGGUGGAAAAUAACGAAGAGGAAGAAACGCAAGAUUUAGAAAUUCUAGAUGAUGAAUUUCAACUAGAUCAAGAAGAAACGCAAGAAGUGUUUUACAUGCAAGAAAUUCGAAACGAUUUAGCAACUAGUGAAAAUGAUGUGUCGCCAAAUCGCCAAAAGACAGCAAUUGGAUCGCGAUUGGGCAAACGUCUAGCGGCCGGCAAUUUUAAUUGCGAACUUUGCGAUCGCAACUUUGCUAAACUUGAAACUUUGGAACGCCAUAAGAAACAAGCCCAUACCUUUUUGCCAAUAGAAGUCAUGGCAAAUUCAUCACUUUCGAUCCCCGAAGCUACGCAAAAUGAUGACAAGGGAAUUUUAUGCUCCUAUUGUCCGCGAAUUUUCGUGCGGCGCGACAAUUAUGCACGCCACUUAAUCACUGUGCAUUCCGAUAAAGCAGAGAUAACACCUGAAGACCGCGAAUUGGCUAAAGCAAAACAUAAUUAUAAGAAAGGCUUAUGUCCUCACUGUGGUGAAAGUUUUUCCCUAGCCAGUCUCAGCAUACAUAUUCGGCGUCAUACUGGCGAAAAUCCAUAUAAAUGUAGCGAAUGCUCAAAAGGUUUUCCUAGACGUCAAGAUUUGGUUAUACACGAACGCCAACAUACAGGUGAACGACCUCACGUAUGCUCAGCGUGUGGCAAGUCAUUUUCACGAGCUAAUAAGCUGUCACGUCAUAUGCGUAUUCAUACGGGCGAAAGACCCUAUAAAUGCACCAAAUGCCCACGUAGCUUCGUACAGUCGAAUGACCUUAAAAUCCAUAUGCGACGUCACACUGGUGAAAAGCCUUACAAGUGCAACGUUUGUUCGGAAGCUUUCAUAUGUGGCGCUGCCCUACGGAUACAUCGCCGUCAAAAAGGGCACGAGUCACCAGAAGACGAUCGAGACGAUCCCUUAAUUAAUUGGCGAGUAUCAACACGCAAACCAAAAUUACAAAUGAAAGAGGAAAACGAAGAACAGGAUGACGAGCAAGAAUUCUUAGAGCUCGACGAAUCUAUUGAUAACUAUUGAAAAAUAUAUGGAGUAAAUAUUUGAACAAGUGUAACCUUACCUUAAAAAAUAAUCAUGUAGUAAAUAUGAACAACCAACAUUACUUUUUC